UGUGAAUACCUGGUGAAUAAAAUUUAUGAUUGGCUGACGACUGGUUGACAAUCAGAAGGAAGGAACGAAUUCACCGUCCUCUCUGAAAAUAUUUAUUAACCUCUGAAAAUCAAGUGGAAAUCCUCCACAAUAUCCUGAUUUCAUUAUCGAAUACUUGGUGCAUAAAAUGUUGUCAUAUAUCUUCCUUAUUUCUAUCCUUCUGGUUACUGGUUCCAUGAAUAUGUCCAUUAGUCAAUAUCCAGAAUAUCUAUCACGGAGAGUAGCAAGUGCAUGUACCACCAGCUGUCUUGAAGAACAAAACACAUCUCCAGAGUGUGUUGAAGACUGUACACGUAGAAUAAAAAAACGCGGUAAAUUCUUCAUGUUGGGAUAAUUAAUAUCUGGUGAAAAUUCAAUUGGCCAUUCAUUCAAUAAUAACAUAAAUUACCCACAAAACAGAUUGUUGUACAAGAACCAUGCUUAGAAAACAAACAAAAAAACUGUUAAAUACACA